CAACUGCUGGAGUAUUUCAUUUGGAUAUGCCGGAUGCGGCAAGCUUUGAAGAAGGAGAGGAAGUUACAGAUCAGUAUACCCCUUGUACUCCAGGAAUCGAGGUUCGUAUGCCAAUUUGACAGUAAACUAUUUGAGUCUUCUCUUGAAUGCAUAUUUCGUCUUAGAAUUAACGGGGCUGUGGAAAGAGUUGAAAUUUGUGAAGAAACAGUUAAUCCGGGCCAACCUAAGGUUCGUCCUCAUGACUUUCAGCUCCUCAAAGUUUUGGGAAAGGGCGGAUACGGCAAGGUUUUUCUUGCUCGGAAGAUUGAUACCGGACAAACUUAUGCGAUGAAGGUUUUGAAAAAAGCAUCCAUUGUGACCAACGCCAAAGACACUGCACAUACGAAAAGCGAAAGAAAUAUCUUGGAGAUGAUUAAGCAUCCGUUCUUGGUGCAACUGCACUAUGCCUUUCAAUCUCCUGGAAAGUUAUAUCUAGUUCUCGAGUUCCUAGCUGGCGGUGAACUAUUCAUGCAACUGGAGAAAGAAGGCGUUUUCAUGGAAAACCAAGCCAGCUUCUAUCUGGCUGAGAUUACCCUAGCCAUUGGCCAUCUCCAUUCCAUGGGUAUUAUUUAUCGUGAUUUGAAACCAGAAAACGUACUCCUGGAUAUUGAGGGUCAUGUAAAGCUGACAGAUUUCGGUCUCUCAAAGGAACGAGUUGACAGAGAUAACUUGACGCACACGUUUUGUGGGACCAUCGAGUACAUGGCUCCAGAAAUAUUAUUGCGCCAGGGUCACGGUAGAGCAGUUGAUUGGUGGAGCCUGGGAACUCUGAUGUACGAUAUGCUUUCCGGCGCCCCACCAUUUACUGGAGAGGAUCGAAAACAAACAAUUGACCUGGUAGGUUUUGUCUGUUUCAUCGUCUGUAUUGAACUUCUCGUUGUUGAUGUUAGUCGCCGUUUGGGUUCUGGACCGUCGGAUGCCGAAGCGAUCAAACAACAUCCAUUCUUCCGAUCGACUAAUUGGGAUCAGGUAUUGAAACGCCAGGUGGAGCCCCCAUUUCGUCCCACACUAACGUCGGAUACCGAUGUCUCCCUGUUUGAUCCGAAAUUUACACAAGAAAAUCCUGUGGAAAGUCCCGAUGAGGGUCUCCCUAUCUCUGCUGUUGUGAAUGACGUAAGUAUCCCGCUCAUUGCAGUUGUUCCCAUGGAACCAAACCAGGUGUCAUUAUUACAUACUGCCUCAUUUCCCACGCAACAUCUCUCUAUCAAGAUGGGGGAUGAAGUUAACCAAUAA